AUGGAACCAAGCGAGAUCUACGACAAAGUCAACGAACGCUACGGCUCCGUCGCCAAGAGCAGCACCGCUGGAGAGUACGAGCAGACGGUCGCCAGGGCGUUCGGGUAUUCCGAAGAGGAGCUCGCCCGCGUUCCCGAGGGCGCGAAUCUGGGCGUGAGCUGCGGGAACCCGAUCGCGCUCGCUAAUCUGAGAGAGGGAGAAACGGUCGUCGAUCUCGGCUCCGGCGCCGGCUUCGACGUCUUCGCCGCCGCGGACAAAGUCGGCCUGAAGGGGCGCGCGAUCGGAAUCGACAUGAACGACGAAAUGCUCGCCAAAGCCAACGCUAUCAAAUCAAAAACACCCUCGUCCCCGCACACCGCCUUCGUCAAGGGCAGCAUCACGUCCGUCCCGCUUCCCUCCUCCAGCGCCGACUGCGUGAUCAGCAACUGCGUCAUCAACCUCGUGCCGGCCGCCGAGAAGCAGCUCGCGUUCCUCGAGAUGUUCCGCAUCCUGAAGCCCGGCGGCCGCGUCGCGGUCAGCGACAUCCUCGCGCGGAGGGAGCUCACGGCGGAGAUGAGGGGGGACGUCGCGCUGUAUGUCGGGUGUGUGGCCGGUGCGAGUCUGGUGGGGGAGUAUGAGGAGUUUCUUGGGAGGGCGGGGUUUCAGGAUGUGGUUAUUGUGGACAGCAAGAGUGACUUGAAUGUUUAUUACACGGCGGCCGGUGAGGGGAUGACUUCUUGUUGCUCGGGUGGUGCUCCGGGGGAGGGUGUCGCGCCGCUUGGGAUCGCUGAUUUGAACGAGUGGGCAGGAGCAAUGUCGCUGUACCACGAGACGGCCGAGAUCCUCUCAGCCAGCCCCGAUCACGGCGGCAGUCUCAAAAGUCGCGUGUUCCGCAAGAAGGGACUCAAGUCACCUCCCGCGCAGGUGUACGCGCUCGCGUUUGAGACGGCCAAGUGGAGCGGCGUGUUGAAGGAGGUCGUCGAGGCGGCGGAUCUGCUGCGCCAUGAGCGCAAGCUCACACCAAUCCUGGCAUUACUCCUGACCCACGACUUCCUGUUAGCGAAAAGUGGCAUUGCGCUACCGCAGUCUCACGGCUUGAGGCAGACCAUUGAACGACACAAGGCGCGCCUCACAUCCGAAUUCACGCGAGCGCGCCUGAGGCGCAAAAUGCCCUCAGUGGAUGAGCUUAGAGCAGACGUCAACGCAAACGCCGAUCCGGAGGGCAGGCAUCCGCGGUGGAUCCGGGUGAACGCGCUCAAGAGCGACGUCGAGACGCAGCUGGGGACGACGUUCAAGGGGUUCGAGAGGGUCUUGACCAUCGCGGACGUGACCAAAUCGACGGGGAAGGCGAUUUACAUCGAUGCCCACGUUCCGAAUCUGUUGGCUGCUUCGCCCGGAACGGACGUCACCAAGUCGCAGGCUUACAAAAACGGCGACAUCAUUCUCCAGGACAAGGCGUCAUGUUUCCCGGCGUAUCUGCUGGACCCCCGCCCCGAGGACGGCGAUGUGAUUGAUUCGUGCGCUGCGCCAGGGAAUAAGACGACUCAUCUUGCGGCUGUGAUGAAGAAGCAUGAGCCGGAGCAAGGCGCGCAAAAGCGGACCAUAUUCGCGUUUGAGAGAGACUCGAAGAGGGCGCAGACGUUGGAAAAGAUGGUCAGGAUCGCGGGCAGUAGGGGAAUGACGAAGAUCGGGCUGGGGCAGGACUUUUUGGAAGUUGAUCCCAAGGGCGAGGCGUAUAAGAACGUCGGCGCGCUGCUGCUUGAUCCCAGUUGCUCGGGGAGCGGUAUCGUGGGACGUGAUUCAAUGCCAGAGUUGCAUUUACCUGAGAUCGCUGCCCCUGGCGGUGCGAAAGGAAAGACGAAGGGCGCGAAGCCCGCGGCGAAGCCCGAUAACCGAAAGCGCAAACGAGACGAGAAUGAGGAAGCGAAGCAGAUGAUGAUUGACGACGACGGCAACACAGUCGAGAUUCAGUCCGAGCAGGAGCUUCAGAAGCGACUCAACUCAUUGGCCGGGUUCCAGCUGACGCUACUUCUCCACGCGAUGAAGUUUUCUGCUGCUAAGAGGAUUACGUAUUCCACCUGCUCAAUCCACGCAGAAGAGAACGAGGGUGUGGUUCUGAAGGCGCUCGAGUCCAAGCUUGCGAAGGAGCGUGGGUGGAGAGUGUUGUUGAGGGAGAAGCAGGUCACCGGAAUGAGAGAGUGGCCUGUCCGGGGACUUCCAGAGGCAUGCGGAGGGGACAAGGCGAUUGCCGAAGCGUGUAUUCGCACAUACAAAGGCGAUGGUCAUGGUGUGAUGGGGUUCUUCGUCGCCGCGUUUGCGAGGGACGGAGAUGAUGUAGUCGACGAUGACGGGCCGUAUGUUCGUGACGACGAGGGAAAGAUCAUCAGGGAUGUCACGGGGAUGCCGGUGUUGAAGAGUACCGGGGAGCCUGUAGUAUUGGCUACCAACAAAGAUGACGAGGUCGUAGAAGAUGCGGAUGAUGGCGAGGAAGAGGACGAGUCGAGUGAGAAGAGCGCGAGCUCGGACGAUGAUGAUGAGGAGGAGGGGGAGGAGGAGUGGGGUGGUUUUGACUGA